CCUUACCAGCUGACGAGUGUUUGCUGCUCUUCCACCACAAUAAUAUAGUUGGAUAUCCAAAAAGAAAACAACUGUAUCAAAUAACAGAAGACCGAAGAGUUUGGACUCUUGCAAACUGCAACUUUCAGGUUUUGAUUCUUUCAAUGACUAUAAGCUUUGAACUAAACCCACAUCACAUCAAUAAUAUUCUUACUUAUUCCAUUUCCAUUGGGAACUCUAAUCUGCCUCCAGAAACAAGGGGGGAGAGAGGAGAGAGUUGGCGUUCUCUUUUCCCCUUUUUCCCCCACUUUCCUCUGUUUUCCCAAACCCUCUCUGUUUUCUCCAGAAGAGAAGAAUGAAACAGUUGCAGAUUUCUGUAAGGUCAUUUGCAUUGAAGCUAAUGAUUCUGAUGGCUUUCUGCACUCUAUCAGAUUGCUUCGACCCUUUGGAUCCUAACGGCAACAUCACAGUGACCUUCGAUGUCCUUGAUUACCCGCAAAAUGGAGGCUAUGUUGCAAGGGUGACGAUCAGAAAUUUCUAUCAGUACCGCCACGUCGAGAAGCCAGGGUGGCAGAUUGGCUGGGGAUGGGCGAACCAAGAGAUCAUCCUGAAAAUGGCAGGCGCAUACGCCACCGAUUCAGGGGACUGCAAGAACUUCGCUGCCCAGAAGCCACACUGCUGCAAGCAAAACCCUCUCAUCGCCGACCUAUGGCCCGGUGCCGAAGGAGCCACCGUCGAGGGAUGCUGCCGCAGCGGAGUGAUCUCAGCCUGGGCAAUUGAUCCUCCAUUAUCAUUCUCUGCAUUCGAAAUCACAGUUGGGAAUCUCCCAGCCAAUACCAGCCACCCACCUGCCAAUCUCACUCUCUUCGCUCCAGGGCCAGGAUACACCUGCGGCCCGGUUCAGGAUACUGAACCCACCGUAUUUCUUGAUUACGGUGGCAGAAGAAAGAUCAGAGCUUUCAGGACGAUGAAAUCAGUUUGCACUUACUCGAGCUUCCUAGCAAACAAAGCGCCCGUUUGCUGCGUAUCUCUGUCAACAUUCUACAGCCAACAGAUCACCGACUGCCCGAAAUGCAGCUGCGGAUGCAGAGACUCUGCCUCCGAUGGAGUUUCUUGUUCAAGCCAGAGUUCUUCGUUGGGCGGAAAUGGCGUGGAGAAGUUGCAGUGUACGGAUCACAUGUGCCCUGUUCGAAUCCACUGGCACGUGAAGAACAAUUACAUGCGAUACUGGAGGGUGAAACUCACCAUCUCGAACUACAAUCUCCAGAGGAACUACUCCGACUGGAACUUGGUAGUCCAACACCCCGGGUUUUCAAAGAAGGCGAUCACUUACAGCUUCAACACCACCACCCUCCCAACUGUCGGAAUCGAAGAUGAGGUUGCUCUGUUCUGGGGUUUACCGUACUACAACAGCGAGUUAACGGAAGCUGGUGCCGGCGGGGGAUUUGGUUCUGUGACGACGGACAUAAUUCUGGAGAAGGAUUUGGAUGAGUUCACGUUGAUGAGUGGAUGGGCUUUGCCGAGGAGGGUUUACUUCGGCGGCGAGGAAUGUCAAAUGCCGCUCCCUGAUGCAUUCCCAAUGCUGCCGAAUGGUGGAUUCAGAAUCCGCCAUGAACGCCGUUACUUCUUCUUCCUCACAUUGUUGAUGAUUUGGCUAGAAUUAAGACUAUAGCUCGAUGGCUUAGUUAGGCUCCCAAGAUUUUGAUCAAAUAAUUCCCCGCCGGCCCUGUCUUUGUUUCUGGUUUCUCUUACAAUCGACGAAGGAGAAAACAGAGUAACGGUGUGACAUCCGCCAUUUUUUUUGUUCCAUAAAUUUGAGGGAGGCCAAGGGGUAAUGACUGAUGUGCCACAUUCUGUACAUUUUUCUUUUAAUUUUACUUUUAGUGAGAAUACAACAAAGGAAAGAAUUUUAGAUGUAUACAUGAAUGGAAUUUUGAAAUUGACAUUUGACAUUAACUAGUUCGUGUAUUCCUAAAUCCUAAUCGGCAGGGAAAGAUUCUAUUGACAACUACUCAAGCAUCUUCUCUAUCGUUUAAUUUUGUUACCACAAUGUUAUUAACUACUACGAAAGUAGUUUUAUGCAAGGAAUGAAUAUACUUUGUAAUGUGCUAGCUUUGUAUCCCAAAGUUAGGAUUAAGCCUAUUAGCGAUCCUUGUGACUGGAUGGUUUCAUUUGAUAUACACACUUAUGACUCAUUUAAGCAAGACUACAUGUAAUCUAACGAAUGAUUAUAGCUCGUUAGCUCUCGCUCAAUACGUGCAUGCAUACGUUGACUGAUAGCCGAAAAAUAAUAAGAUGAUAAAUUUACUUAUCAACUUCCUCCCCAAUACCCAAAGUUUGCUCUUAAAACUUGUUGUAGUAUCAUAUUUCUAACCUCCAUUAUACUUGUCGACUAUCAUGUGAAUCUUUUGAAAAUUUGAGUGAGUUCUUCUGAAACUCUGGAGAAGAAGGCUACAAAAAACAGAGUGUCGGUUUUCUUCUCUUGCCGACUAAUGGGAGACAAAAAUGGUGACAUGGUUGCAAAAGACAGAGGCUGAAAGAGCGAUGUAAAUCUUUUCAUUGGGUAUGGAACAAAGAAGGGUGGCGUGGCCCGGCCAAAGACUGACUGGUAAUCGGCCAUCUUUAGGCACGGAGCUGGCACUCUGUUUUGUUUCUGGUGUUUAGCAGUUGGAGCUCAUUGAAUGGACAAUCGGGUAUUUGUCUUUCUUGCUUGCAAUGGCCUGCAAGCGUCCGAAAUUCAGUAUGGAGAGCCGGUUGCGAAAUGAGAACAUGAACAUCGUGGUGGGAACGCGAUUAUCUUCCCUGCUGAUUAAACAACGCCACUCGAUCAUUUUGACAUCAUUUUCGAUAGUGGGGUUUUGUUUUGGUCUAAGUUGGUAGAUUAUAACGAAAUAAAAGCAAAAAAGGGCGUACUUGUCUCCUUCACCGACAUUCUGCUGGGUUAGGAGUGUAUUAAUUCGUUGCAUAGUUGUCCAACUACCGUGCUUAGAAGUAUUGGUGCUUCGAUAUACAAAUUAGAUUGUACCAAAAUGGUAGAAGUACAAGUUCGGUUUGUAGCAUAAAUUGCGUGUAUGUAAUUAUGUAAAGGUAUGAGUAGAAGUUGAAUUUGUACCAUGACAAUAAAGACGCUCCGCCCCUGUAUGUAAAGGUAUGAGUAGAAGUUGAAUUUGUACGAUGACAAUAAAGACGCUUGUUUAAUUUGUACUGUAGAGGUUUUUGUAUGAAAAAGUAUAGGGUACAAGUUGAAUUUUAUAUCAUAGCGUUCAAAGUACAUAUUCCAUUUGUAGUUCGUAUCACAAAAAAAAUACGAAAAAGAUAUAGGUACGAACUAAACUUGUACCAAAUUGUCAUAUGCUGGAAACGGGCCAAAGCGACAGAUCAGAACUUGGGUUGUUGGUGGACAUAUAUAAUAGCCCAAUUUUUCUUUUGCUAGAUCCAAAAUGACAAAAUUAGUAUUACCAAGAUUGGGCAUAUGUGUAAGCCCAAAAUAACAAAAUGAGACUAAACAUGUAGUUUGCAA